AUGGACGAGAUAACAGCCACUCCAACUCUCGAUGACAUAAUAUCAGCUACAUCCACUUUGCUAGAUAUUAUCUCGACUUCCACCGCAGACAACUCUAUAGGUAUAGGAUUCGAUUAUCCGAAUGGGACCAGUCCAUUCGACGUAUUUGACAAUUCAACCAUAUCAGAUCCCGGUAUAGGUACGAUAUCAGAUUCAGAGGGGAGUUAUGUACUGAAUACGUUCAUUGGUCUACUGAUUGUGCUAGUCGCUUCGGUGUUCAAUGCUCUAGGGUUGAAUCUGACGAAAUUGGAUCAUGUAAGACAACAAAGUAUACCGAAGAGGCAGAGGAAGAAGGAGUGGAUGAGGAUACUAUGGCUGAGUGGAAUGGGGAUGUAUAUCGCAUCACAAGUCUUUGGCUCUCCACUGGCUUUGCGGUAUCUGCGUCCAGAUUGGGUAGCACCCUUGGGCAGCUCCUCAUUGGUUUUCAACUUCUUAUUUGCGUACUGGCUUGUUGGAACUCCCGUUACUCCCACUGAUAUACACGGUACUAUAAUUAUCAUCCUUGGUGUCAUCUUGAUUAUCAUAUUCUCUAGUAUAAAUCAUGGAUUAACCCAAUCUCUGGAUAUCGAAAGACUGAACUCACUAUGGUCUCGAGCAUCCUGGCUGGUCUAUUUCCUAUUCAUUGUCCUCUUCACGGCAUCCACAUACCUCGUCUCUUCAUUAUUCGCUUCACUCCUAGCCUCAAGAGCUUCUUUUUCCCCUUUACCCUCACCAACUCUUGAACUUCCCACUUCUCGACCCAAAUCUACAAAUGCAAUCAAAUCCUUCUUCAAGCGGAUAUCAAACCCUGUCAAAGGAAUCGAGAACAUCGCUGUCAGGAGAUUAGAAGCUUUCUUUGCUAGAACCGAUGAUGCUAGAUUAACUUGGCUGCAGGGUAUGGGAUGGGCUGUGACGGGUGGUAGUCUAGCGGGAUUAUGUUUGGUAUUCACCAAAGCUGCUGUAAAACUCUUCGGUUUACCUGGACAUCCUCUCGUACACCCAUCCGCCAUCAUCACCUUACUCCUGGUGAUCAUCACUGCUGUAUUGCAGAUUGUAUGUCUGGAUAGGGCAUUGAAAUGCGCAGAUACCGUCGUGGUAGUGCCUCUCUUCUACGCAGGGUACACUGUGUUUGGGUUCAUCAAUUCAUUGAUCUUCUACAAUGAGACUGGACAAUACGCACGAUGGGUUCUGGUUGCCGUGUUCAUCUCUAUAGCCGUAUUGAUCUCAGGAGUGGUAUUACUAUCACUAAAAUCAUCCGCCAAAGCUGCUCCUGACCCAUAUACCGUCUCUGCCCAACCUUCCAACUCGAUGCGCCUGAGACCUCGAAAUCACGCCAGGACACAAUCGGGAGUGACGGAUGCUGAAUCUGGACCAUCGUCUUCCAAGUACGACGGAGAUGAUGUUGACGCUCUGUCGGAUGGCGUGGUAGAACCUAGAGAUGUAUUAUGGGAAGUGGGGAGUGUAAGUGAUCCCUCGGAUGACGAACUCAAGGAGAACGAAAAGGGAAAAGGAAAGGGUGUAGGAGGGAUGAGAGGUGGGACAGGUGAAAGAAGAGGUUUGUUAGGUGAUGACGAGGAGGAUAUUCAUGAGGGAGAACAUGAAAGAGAUAGGAUAAAAGGUGGUACAGCAGAUGAUCAAAAUGAUAGGAUAAGAGGAAACCCUUUCGUGGAUGAUGGAGAUGGGGAUGAUGGAUUUGGCGAGUACGAAGGCGUAGAACAUGAAGAUGUGCAUGAGACGAAGUCUGGUGAAACUACUCCGAGGAAAGGAAGUAGGUAG